AUAACAAAGUCAAUCGGUCGCGCGGUCAGUGAUGUUUCAUCCGGCCUCCGAUGUGGUCGAUUGUAAAGUGCUGUGAUAAGAUGGCGGUAUAUAAAAAAAUAAUUUUCUCUAUAUUGUGUUUAAGUGUUAUUUUUAAUAAUGUUAAUGCACAGGAUGUUUGUAUUCCAACGAACGGCGGCUCAGGCCAAUGUGUCGAUAUCUACCAGUGUCCACAACUUUUGAUGUUAUUGAACAAGCCCAACCGAUCGCAACAGGACUAUGAUACACUAAGAAGAGCCCACUGUGGAUUCAAAGAAAGGACCCCGUUGGUGUGCUGUCAAGUGUCCCCGCCCGCUCCGGUGACAACUCCAGCUCCGACCACACCUCAGCCUCAACCAGCAACCACGGGAGCGACUGCCACAGCAACAGGCGAUAGAUGCAUCACGCCUGAUGGACAAGUGGGCAAUUGCGUCGGUCUCUAUUCCUGUCCACAUAUCACAAAACUACUUCAAACGAAUACACCAAGUGAUAUUACUUUCGUUAAAAACUCAAGAUGUCAGGGUACAGGACAGUACAGCGUGUGCUGUGGACCUUCAACAUCAUCCAACAACGUGGGUAGGCCGACAGUGUGCGCGCUAACAGCCACACCACCGGACCCAGCCACCGAAUGCUGCGGUCAAGAGAGCAGCGGCGGCAACAGGAUUUUUGGUGGUAACGCGACUGCUAUCGACCAGUAUCCGUGGCUGGUGAUUCUAGAGUACAAGAAGGAUGACAAGAUCAAACUGUUGUGCGGCGGAGUACUCAUCAGCGGGAGAUACGUGUUAACUGCCGGACAUUGCGUCACCGGACCAGUGCUUGAUGUUGGCACACCCGUGAACGUUCGUCUCGGGGAAUACGACACCAGCAACUCAGGACAGGACUGUGUGGAAGUCGAAGGAGGAGGAGAGGACUGCACCGAUGGCGCGCUCAUCGUGCCCAUAGAAAAGAUCAUUCCUCAUCCGGAAUACAACCCUACUAAUGCACUAAGAAGACACGACAUAGCUCUGCUGAGGCUUGGCCAGCUGAUACCAUAUGGAGAUUUCAUACGACCAAUAUGCUUGCCUACAUCUGACGUGGCAGUAGCGCCGCCGCCGGAACUGAGACUGUUUGCAGCCGGCUGGGGCGCGGUCAGCAACACGCAAAGUAGUAGCAACAUCAAGCUGCACGUCAGUGUGCCUUUCAGAAGUCAAGAGCAAUGCCAGACAUCAUACAAUCAUCCUAGACGUCGUGUAGCGUUAUGGCAGGGUCAGAUAUGCGCGGGCGGAGAAACCGGCAAAGACUCCUGCAAGGGCGACUCCGGAGGCCCACUAAUGUACGAGAACGGGCGACUAUUCGAAGUUGUCGGCAUCGUCAGCUUCGGACCGACACCGUGCGGACUAGAGAACAUACCCGGCGUAUACACAAAAGUAUACGAAUAUAUACCAUGGAUCCGAUCACAAAUAACACCUUAGACUUAAUUGACUUGAUGAUUAAAUAAAACAUAAAGAUUUA